CGUCAUCAUGGACGUUAAGGUUGUAUUGUUCUGUCUCCUUGGUCUGGUGUGGCUGCAAGUGUCUCACCAAAAAGGUAAGUUAUGUGAAAACUAUCUCUGAUAUCUCAAUUUUACAAUUAAUUUUACAAUUUUACAAUUUUGCAUUAUACUUUAAGCUACCCAUAAUACUGUGUGGUUUGCGUUUUUUUUUGCAUUCUAAUGUUUUGCACUACGACGUGCAAUGUGUAUAGAACUAAUUGUGAGGUAAUGGAGAUACUAAGGUGGCACCGAUUAGCGAAUUGGUCGAUUACCGAUUAAUCGGCCUCCCGUAAUCGGCCGAUGCAUUCCAUUAAUUACUUUGCUUUUAGAGUUUAAAUGGCUGUUAUACACCGUCAUUCAUUUGGUAAACUGUUUUUACAAUAAAUGUAAUUAAUUAUAAUCUUUAAUUAUGUGUGGUAUAAAAGCAUUUAUCACAAAUAUAGGGCGUCAGUGUUUCCAAAAUUGAGUGAGAUUUGAAGAGAAGAAAAAAGGGUGUGGGGCUCACUGACUCUGAGAAAUAAAUUUGUAAUUACGAUUUUAGGAGCAGCAGAGUUGGGCAAGCCCACUUUUUUAAAGCUCUACAACGUGAAUGGUGGAGGGGGGGGGGGAAACCCUCAAACCUAUUGUAGUGGAUUAGGUGGGUUACGGGUUACAAGGUUGGGGAACCCUGGGAUACGGGGUUAAUACAUAGUUAAUACAUCGUUAAUACAUAGUUAAUACAGCACGUUGAAGAAAUAGAAAAAAGAAAGGUGAAAUUAAUAUUUAAUAUAAAUCGUAUAAUAGUCGACCGUUGUAGUGAUUACGGUCGUACAGCUCCCGGGCGGUGGUGGUGGCAACGCAACGUCAUCACCGGAGAGGAAGUAAAGCUGUCCCAAACCCAAAUUUUACUUGGGCCGAGUUGCAUGGCCGGAGUUCCCAGGGACUACUAGGCUUAAUUUCACGGCCAGGGUCCUAAGAGAUAGACUCUCGACCCUUUCGAGUAUUGAUCUUUAGAAGUGAUUACGGUCGUUAAUUCGGAAAAGACUGACCAUUCCAUUGUCAGAAAUGGGCGUACUGCACUAAAACAUGACAUCCGGUGUACCAUCUGCGGGAAAGAGCUAAAAUGGGACAAGACUCCAGUGUACAUGGGAGUAAAGUUGGAUCAGAAGCUUAGGCUACACAACCACCCCCACGAACUGUGUGCGAGAAAACAAAGUCUAAACUAAUCCUGGUGGGAAAAGCCUGCCUGUACCGACUGGAAAGCGGACGCGCGACUCCUAAGAGCUAUACACAUUGGGAACGUGAGGGGAGCAAAGGACUACAGCCCCCAAGGCCCGGGCGUUUGCGAGCUGCGCGUCUCUAGAAGAACAGUACCCUGUUUCCAAUUACAAGACCGUAGAGACCAGGCUAAAGUGACCCUCCUUCAUAGACGUGGCCAACUCACUGGGGGAAAGCCUAACCCUAACCCGAGAACAGGGAAGAGAUGCGACUGAUCCCGGCACGGGGCCCGCUCUAAAGCUUUAACCUACCUGAAAUGAAUCCGACUCUGGCAAAUACUGCGACCUCAAAUGCCAAAAAAAAAAAAACUCCAGCAGAACUAAAGGAGGAAGCUCUAAAAACGGCUCACGCCUGCUCGGACAAAAUGGCGAAAGUCUUUACAGACGGCUCCUGCUUCGUUGAGAAAAUCUGAAGCGGCUCGGGCGCACUCGUACAGUACCCAGGAGAGGUACCUCCAACCAAAGAGAUAUCGUGGCCCAGUGGCAAAUAGAGAUGAGACAAGCUGUUGUUAAAUUAGCCAGGGCCUUACAAGCGCGUAAUCUCGGCCUUCACAAGAGAAAGUCCAAUAUUUAGUGAUAAUGCGAUAUGUUGCAUUAAUUUUCAUGAGGAAUCUACUCUUAACUAUUGCUGGUGCGAUCGCACUGAAAAUUAAAAAAAAAAAAAAUACUAAAAACAAUUUUUGUUUCAUGUAUAUGCAUUUUUAUUUGCAUUUAUGUAACUGUACAUAUUUAUCAUUUACUAAGAAGCUUUUACGUAAAUGUGUAAACUUCUGGCAAACCCCCCCCCCCCCCAAAAAAAAAAAAACCGUUUCAUAUUUCCUUCAUUUUCCCCUUCAAAAAUACAUUUUAUUUUUUACUGCCUACCAAUAUGACACAAAUACAAAGCACAGUAUUCCAAAUACAUAGUUUACUUCAAAAGUUAAGUCAAAUAAAAGUUACAAUUUAAUUAUUUAAAAAAAAAAUUUUUGAAUACAAUGACAGUAUUCAAAUUAAAUAGUUUAUUUCAAAAGUUUAGUCAAAUAAAAAUAAAAAUUUAAAAAAAAAAGUUUUUUUGACGCCCUUCCCCCACCCCCUUUACUGGUUCGUUACUGUUUAAACAGCUUGAUAUAAUCGCCCAAUGGUUAAACGUCAUUUUAAAAAUAAGAUACCUUCGUUCAAUAGCCAAUGCCCCCCCCCCCCAAAUCCCCACACCCCUCUUUCGCUCAUGCUUUAUUUUACUCACGCGUAUGCCAUCUUUUUUUUCUUUUCCGCAGACGACAUUUGUUCACUUCCAUCUGAAACAGGGCCCUGCAAAGGUAACUUUCUUCGCUACCACUACAACAGUAGUACCAAUGCGUGCGACUCUUUCGUAUACGGCGGAUGUAAGGGAAAUGCCAACAACUUUCAAGACAUCGAUGACUGCAAGGCCGCCUGCAUUGAUUAAAGCUGGCCGUCCUAUUUUCACGAUGUUUACAAAACUAACCCAUAAAUAAAGCGAACGGCGUCUGUGGC